UCUCUCUCUCUCUCCUCUCUGGCGUAUUUUCAAGGAACAGAGAAUUUCCGGUCUUGGAGAUUAAACCAAGUAGCUGGCUGCUGAAAAAAACGUGCGCCGUGCAUUUGGAUUAGCAAAAUCCGUUUGUCAGUUCGAGAAAAAUCAUCAUUGCUCAGACUGAAAAAAAGAAGGUGCAAAUCUUUUCAAGAUUUCGAUUGGGAAAUAUUUCCCAAGAAAAAAAAUAAUUGUAAAUCUCUUGGGAGAUGUGCUGAUGAGCCCGGUUUAAGAGGUAUUAAUGUGGUGGUGGAUAUGGUCUUCACACAGUUAAACAUUGACAAGAUUUGUUUUUGACAACAAUGGAUCUCAAGGAAUCAUAGAACCAAUGUAAUAAUACUUCAGCUACUGUGUUUCAGCAACAAAAAAUUGAGUGGCAUUUGUGUAAUUCUUGUUCCAUCAUGCCUCUCUCCGAAUUCUUGAGAAUGGCUCGAGGCCAACUUGAUUCCGGCCACCAAAAACCGACCAAUCUCUCUUCUCGGCCCGACGAUGAAUUGGUCGAGCUAGUGUGGGAGAACGGUCAGAUCAUGAUGCAGGGCCAAUCCAGCCGUGUACCAAAAAGCCCUCCUCGUAAAUCGCGCGAUCCGGGGUUGUUAUUAGGAAAUUCAAGAAUCGGAAAAUUCGAUGUGGUUGACUCGGUUCCGGACGAUAUUGAACUGGAUUUUGACCAGGACGAUGAAAUGGUUCCUUGGUUGAAUUAUCCUAUAGAAGACGAUGCUCUUGCCCAAUUACCCGAAAUAUCGAGUCUUACGGCCCAAAAUAGCUUCCCAUCCGCCGAAAAGAAAAGUAGUUGCGGGCAGAAUGUUAGUAAUUUGUAUACGUGUUCGUCUUCUGCGUUGUCUUCGUCUUCUAAAUCUCAUAUGUUGAGCUCAUGGCAGCCUGGUACAUCAAACGCCGUAGGGCAACAACAGCAACCGAUUAGUAAUUUGAAUUUGAUGAAUUUCUCCCAUUUUGCAAGACCCGAUAAGACCCUUGUCAAAUCCAACUUUUCCAACCCCGAUGCAAUUCCGACGGUUUCGUCGGUUUUGGAAAGGAUGGAAAUUAGGGAGAAAGGCUCUUCACCUGCCAGUGGGAGUAAUCUGGUGAAGAAAUCCGCAUUCGUUGAUCGAUUUAAUAUCACACGAAAAGAUGUUGCUUCAAGAGAACCGGUGUUUAAUGCAGCAGCUAAAGGCUUGUGCCCCACCGAAAGAAGUAAACAUUUAUGCGUUGAAAAUGCAAUCAAGAACGACAAGCCCGUAAUUCAGAGUAGUAAUGGCGAUUCGGUAAAAAAACAAUCGAAACCCGUUGAGCCCGUCGUUGCUUCGUCAUCUGUGGGUUCUGGUAAUAGUGGCGAUAGGGUUUCUUGUGAGCAGACGUAUAAUUCGAGAAGGAAGAGAAAGUUUCGUGAUAUUGAAGAGUCGGAAUGCCAUAGUGAUGAUAUUGAUACGGAAUCUGUGGGUGCGAAAAAACCGAGCCUUGGUCGCGGAGGUGGUGGAUCGAAGAGAAGCCGAGCAGCAGAAGUACAUAAUCUUUCCGAAAGGAGGCGAAGGGAUAGAAUCAACGAGAAAAUGCGCGCUCUGCAAGAACUCAUUCCGAAUUGCAAUAAGGCGGAUAAAGCUUCAAUGCUCGACGAAGCCAUCGAGUAUCUAAAAACCCUUCAACUUCAAGUACAGAUUAUGUCGAUGGGAGCGGGUUUAUGUAUGCCACAAAUGAUGUUCCCCGCGGGAAUGCAUCCUGCUCACGUUCCACAUUUUCCUCCCAUGGGCAUCGGAAUGGGAAUGGGAAUGGGAAUGGGAAUGGGAAUGGGCAUGGGAAUGGGAAUGGGAUUCGGAAUGGAUCAUAUGAUCGACAUGAAUGGUAGAUCUUCUGGAUAUCCGAUUUUUCCUGCACCCCCACUAUCGGGUCCAACGACUUUCCAGAGAAUUCCGGGUCCCACUAACUUUCCGGUGUACGGUCAACCUAGUCAAGGACUUCACAAUUUAGUACCGAGACCGCCCUUGGCUCCUUCAACCAGCCAGCCUCAUGCGACUCCGAUUGCGAAAUCACCAUUGAUGUGCAAUGCAGAAGCUUCCAGCUCACUCAACCGUAAAUCCGAUCAGAUGCAAGCUACAAAUGAAGUGAUAACGAAACAAGUUGCAGCACGAGAAAUUAAAACGGCCGCAGAAGCUAGCGGGACAACGGCUGUAACCUCUACUACAGAAACUGACAUUAACAAAAAACCAGGUUAUGAUUAGCCGGGACGGGAUUAAACACCUAAAUUGACGAUUUGAUGGCUUUUAUCUGCGUACGUGGUCGAACUUUGCAAUAGAUACGACACUCUAAUUUUGUAGUGUUUGUCAAAAAAAAAAUUCUAACGAUAGAAAUAUCAGACUACAAAAUUUGAUUUUGAAGUACUUUUUUAAGGAGAAUAAAAAAUCGACUGCUCUCUUACUUUAUUGUAUAUUUAUUGAAGACGAGUCGACUCGUGUGUUGAGCGGUGUAGAGUAGGUCUUUGCGGAUGUGUUUGAGAUGUCUACGUCUUUGCCCUUGUUAAUACGAUUUCCUGGUUUGACACACAUUAUUGUACUUCACACGUUUGUAAUUUUUUAUUUUUUUUACAUUUUAGUUUCGACAAAUGCGACUGUGUGCUCGUGUCUGUAUUUCGCUGUCGAUUCUUGAAUAUAAUACUAUCAACUGUAUUUCGCUGCCGA